UGCAACGAUAUCUCCUCGCUGGAAAAGAAGAGCCCGCGCCGCGACAGUAUAUAGGCUACAGAAAGCAAACCCGGUGGGGGGCAACGGUAGUCAGGGGAAAUUGUGAAGGGAGGUUUUUUUAAGCAGCUCCGCGGCUGUGACGCCGCGACCAGUGGAUGCGGUGAGAUGAAGCGAGCGUUGACACUGAUUAUAUAAACAGAACAAGAAAGCUCAAUAAUUACCCUGGUUUUAGAAGAUUACAACUGGAUCAAAUUAAGAGGCAAAACAACUAAAACAAACAGGCAACCACAACAAUGGAUCAUCGCCUUUGAGUCUCUACAUCGAACCUGCUACAGGCUUGUGGCCCCUGCUCUUCCCCUCCUGUGCGGGGGGCCCUGAUGAUUGACAGCUGGUCAUGGCCUGUAUCCACGAGCCGCGGGCGCAGUCUCCCUCCCUGUCGGGCUUCAGCUCGCCCCUGUCCGACCCGCCGUUCCGCCGGCUGGACGGAGAGACGCCGGCCUGCACCCCGGAGAUGGACCUGACCCCCACGCAGUGCGUCCUGCGCAACGUGCUCUCCAUCGACACGGGCGGCGGCCGCCACAGCCCCACGCCCAGCGACGAGCCGCCCGAACACUUCGCCAACAGCGUGCUGAAGCUGCACGAGCAGGAGGGCGGGGCGGGCGCGGCCGAGGCGGGCCAGAGCGCCGAGGGGGGGGCGGGCCGGGCCCACGCCGAGGACAUCCGUCUGCAGUGCCAGUCCGGGGGCGGGGGCGGGUUUCUGGAGGGGCUCUUCGGCUGCCUGAAGCCCGUCUGGACCAUGAUCGGCAAGGCCUACUCCACCGAGCACAAGCACAAUCAUGAAGAGCUGUGGGAGGUGCCGUUUGAGGAGAUCUCGGACCUGCAGUGGGUGGGCAGCGGGGCGCAGGGUGCCGUCUUCCUGGGGAAGUUCCACGGGGAGGAGGUGGCCGUGAAGAAGGUGCGGGACAUCAAGGAGACGGACAUCAAGCACCUGCGCAAACUCAAGCACCCCAACAUCAUCACCUUCAAGGGUAUCUGCACGCAGGCUCCCUGUUACUGCAUCAUCAUGGAGUACUGUGCUCAGGGGCAGCUGUACGAGGUCCUGCGGGCGGGCCGUAAGAUCACCCCGUCCCUCCUGGUGGACUGGUCCAUGGGUAUCGCCGGGGGCAUGAACUACCUGCACCUGCACAAGAUCAUCCACCGUGACCUCAAGUCCCCCAACAUGUUGAUCACAUAUGAUGACCUGGUGAAGAUAUCUGACUUUGGCACCUCCAAGGAGCUGAGUGAUAAGAGCACCAAGAUGUCCUUCGCCGGGACGGUGGCGUGGAUGGCCCCUGAGGUGAUCCGAAACGAGCCGGUCUCCGAGAAGGUGGACAUCUGGUCCUUUGGGGUGGUGCUCUGGGAGAUGCUGACGGGAGAGGUGCCCUAUAAGGACGUGGACUCCUCUGCCAUAAUCUGGGGCGUGGGCAACAACAGCCUGCAGCUGCCCGUGCCCGAGAGCUGCCCCGACGGGUUCAAGAUCCUGCUGAAGCAGUGCUGGAACUGCAAACCACGGAACAGACCGUCGUUCCGGCAGAUCUUACUGCACCUGGACAUCGCCUCAGCGGACGUGCUGUCCACCCCGCAGGAAACGUACUUCAAAUCCCAGGCGGAGUGGCGUGAGGAGGUGAAGCAGCACUUUGAGAAGAUCAAAUCAGAGGGGACGUGUCUGCACAGGCUGGACGAGGAGCUGAUCGUACGCCGCAGAGAGGAGCUGAGGCACGCCCUGGACAUCCGUGAGCACUACGAGCGCAAGCUGGAGAGAGCCAACAACCUGUACAUGGAGCUGAACGCCGUCAUGCUGCAGCUGGAGCUGAAAGAGAAGGAGCUGCUCAGGAGGGAGCAGUCUCUGGAUAAGAAGUACCCAGGGCUUUUUAAGCACCACAGUUCCAGGCAGGGCGGGUCUUCCAACUCCAUGGAGAAACUCAUCAAGAAACGAAACGUCCCGCAGAAACUGCCCAGCAAGAGGCCCGACCUGCUGAAGUCGGAGGUGAUCCUGCCCAAGCUGGAGUCCUCCAUGACCCAGGUCACCAUCCCGUCCUGCCAGAACAAGGGCUCCACGUCCCCGGGCCGAUCCCGCAGGGGGAAGCCCCGCUACCGCAAGGCUGGCAAGGGCAGCAGCGGUGAUCUGGCGGGUCUGAAAGCCAGCCUCUCCUCCUCCUCCCCCCGGGAACCCUGCGCCCCCCCGGCCCCCGCCGGCCCCACGCCCCCGGCCGCGCCCAAACAGCACCUGGACCCCAGCGCGGCCCUGCGAGGCCUGCAGCACGACCUCCUGCUGAAGAAGCUGUCGUCCUCCAGCCCCGACCUCAUCUCCACCACGCUGGAGGCCGAGGGCCGGCGCAAGAGCGAGCUGGAGCGGGCCGGGGGGGGCAGCCUGAGCGCGUCGGCGGGGCUGGGCGGGGCCGGGGGCGCGGCCGAGCUGGAGGCGGGGGGCGGGGCCGAGGACCUGACGGAGACCCCGCCCCGCAGCGACACGCCCAGCGAGGACGCCGCCUCCAUCCCCUUCUCCAGCAGCCCGGACUCGCCCUGCGGGAGGGGCGGGGCCGCGGCCGGGAGGGGCCUGGGGUCCCCCCGCCUCCCCCAGGACGGAGACGAUAAGGACGACGGGCCGGGGGUCAGCUGCCGCUCGCCCCGGGGGCUGCCGGGGGCCGGGGGGGGCCAGCACCUCACCCCCGCCGCCAUCUUGUACCGGGCAGCCGUUACGCGCAAACAGAAGAGGGGCGUGUCCUCAGAGGAAGAGGAAGGGGAAGUGGACAGCGAGGUGGAGUUGCCACGGAGACGCCGGCCCGUCAGCAUGACGAAGUGCCAGUCGCUGUCGACCUUCAGCUCAGAGAACCUGUCGGUCUCGGACGGGGAGGAGGGCAACACGAGCGACCACUCCCACAGCGGCACGCCAGACGUCGUGAGCACCAACACCGACGAGCGGCUGGACGACAAGAGCGACGACCUGCUGUCCCAGGGCUCGGAGAUCCCGCCCGACGCCGCCGAGGCCGCCCAGGCCUCCGACGGCCUCUCAGAGAAGGAGGCGGCGCUCCGGCAGGUCAAAACGCAGCUCAACGCCGAGCAGAACACCUACGAGAACCCGCCUCUGUACGAUGACUCGGACUGUGACAGCGCAGAGCUGGACCAAUCAGGCAGCGCAGAGCUGGACCAAUCAGGCAGCGCAGAGCCCAGCCGGCCCCCGAGCACAGGAGCCUGGUGAGGACCCGGGGCCCCUUCAAAGCCGGACGGGCAUCUGUACAGACGGACGAGACACCCCCACCCCCUGCCUUGUAGAAACACCCAACCUCACCUCACCACACAACCCUCCUCCUCCCCCACCCUGUAAGACUGCAGCGGACUACACACCUGCGGUCCUUUUAUCCCCCCCAUUAUUCUAGCAUUCUUUUGACAUUUUUUGACUUUUUUUUGGUUGUCAUUUUGUAACAAAAAUGGUCUAUUUUUCAAAGACCGUCUGAUUGCAUGGUGAAACAGAUCACAUCGGAAAAUGGAGUCCAGGAUUUUUUCCUUGUGAUGGAAAGGUUAUCAGGUGAUAAAUGGACCAUAAACCAGGUGACACCGUUCGUCUUCAGAGCCAAGAGACACAACUAUAAUGGAAAGGACAAAAAAGCAGACAGCACUUAAUUUACAUUUGCUUUACCUCCUUUUCUUCCACCCGCCAGCAUUUCCUGGAAUCGCUGUGGGUCUGUGCAUCCGUUACUGUAGUGGCAUGCCACGUGCACUGAAUCUUAUUUUUGUAUGAACCACUAGAGGGCGAUGUUUUGGGAAGAGAAACAGGAAGCUUUUCACACUAUGUUCUGUGUGGGAAGCAGGCAGAUUGCACAGGUGGAAUUAAAUCAUGUUUACAUUUUUUUUUUGUUUUUGAAUUCUUUUUUUUAUUAUUUUUAAAUUAUUUUAAUGGUUUACAGUAUAUUUUUUAUAUCAGGGAUUAUGUUGUCAUUUUAAAUGUUCUGCAUUUUAAAUUAUUAUCAUCUAUGUAAAUAUAUUAUGUCUUUACACUGUACAAAGUGCAAAUUUUAAAGAGUUAUAAUAAUCUUGACACUGUACUAUACAUUGGUGCUGAUGUUUUCAACUGGAAGGAAGAAAUUGUAUGGCCAGUACACAAGGUGCUGCUUACGACAGGGAAUUAAUGAUUGGGAGGGGGUAGGAAACAAUGGCUUUGAACAAAGCAAUAUUUCAACCCCCUACCCAUCACCCAUCAAGUUGCAAGCUACAAUCCAAUACCAUCAGGGCAGCCGUGCUGCUAGCCCAAUGGGUAUAUUUAAUAGGUAUUGUAGUGUUAACAUAUGCUACUGAUGGUGUAGGUCAGACAAGUAUCCGUUUGAAAUUAAGCCAAUACUGCAUAGCAUUUCAACACCACAUGCAACAAUCUGUACAGAAAAUAAAAGCAUGUUUGUAAUAUAGUAUGUGUAACUCAGAUUGUAUUUUGAAGUCGAUUCCAAGCCACUUGGGGUCACACACUUAUCACCUGAGAACAAUGUUAAAAUAAAUUCCCCUUCAACACACAAACAAAUCUUUGACCUUCCAAUAAAACAAAAUGAGUGCUAGAUAUUGGUCUAGUGUCUCACUUGUUUCCGUUAAAUUGGGCAAUUAUACCAUUGAACAAAUCUCCAUUGUGUCUCUUGCAAUGAGAAAAUUCUACACGCACAGACUACCUUCCACAAAGACCUCAUCAGGUUCUAUUUUAUAAGCUAGAAAUGGCAGCUUCUGUGUUUGUUAGAAGUUUAUAGACUUGUUGGUGUUAAUUUUCAGAAAAGCUUAGAUUUGUACAUAAUAAAAAUACACUACAUUUUGUCCCAUUAAAAGAAGAAUUACUCAAAUGAAAUGUCUCAUGUCUUCAGUUUGAUGAAACUGAUGCAAUCUCCUAUCCACAGAAAUCCCAUUGCCAGUACAGCGACACAAUACUGCCCCCUGGUGACCAGAAUAAAGAGGCACUUGUAAGUUUCCAGUACUGGGAAUCAAAAUAGCCUCCUUUGAAAAAAGAUUUUAUACUGCCUUGCGUAUUGUAUCUGUGUACUAUAGCAAAUGUAUUUAAAAGACUAAAUAAGAAUACAUAUUAAAAUGCACUGUUAAAACAA